AUGGCAACAAGUGGUAAUAACGAGACCCCACAGACGCCAACUGGUGGCGUUGCUUCGAGCUGUGCGAAUUGCGACCGUCCGGAUAGUGCGGAUAAUUUUGUGCAGUGUGACAAAUGCGACACGUGGUGGCAUAUGUCGUGCGCUGGUGUAUCGGAGUCGGUUGAAGGUCGUCCGUGGUCGUGUCGUAAAUGCACCCCAGAUAACGUAAGCAUCCGUACGGUAUCGUUAGCCACUCGAGCCGCUCGAUUAGCGCUACAACUAGAGGAGCUUGAAGCGAAACGAGCCUUGGAAAAACAAAUGUUGGAAGCGGAAAAACGACAUCUGUCACAAAUGUUCCAACUUAGAAAGACCCAACUGGAAUGUGAGGAAGAACACACGGACCGCAGCCGGAUAAGCAAGCGGCAGAGUAUCGACCAGGUGCGUCAGUGGAUGGAAGAAUGCGCUGAACAAGCAGAAGGUGCCGUUAGAUUCUCAACCAAUCUAGAAACAGCCUCGCUGUCAAUGCCGCAGCAAACAUCCCAGUUCGAGGGGAACACGAAAGACAGUUGCUACCCCGGUAGGACAGUGAUGCCACAGGUAGGACAAGUCCAGAGUCCGCUGAGGCAUCCUUCGUUACCAAACGUACUUCAGCGUACGUCAUUGUCAGCAGUAAAUCCAGCUGGCCAAUACGGCUACUCCGUUCCAGGUGCCGGUAAUUAUAAGCAAAUCCAACUGGUGGAUACCGGUGCGAUCCCCAAGGGAACCAACGUUGAGCAAGCCGUAGUAAGCGUUACCCACAACCCCGCAGGUAACCCUUUACCCCCCGUAGUACCAGGUAAGCCACCACAUAGUAAAAAUAAAGUGAAAGCCCAACUGUGUUGCGAGGAUAAUAUUGCUCAAUUAACCGAGCAGUUCGGGAACAUUCAAAUUCCCUCGGCAUUACUAAUGAACCAAAAGAGUGAUGCUGUAUUCCCAAAGAAUCUAACGAGGAAUGUGUGUAUAGAGCAGGUACAACCGAACCCUUCGUUUGGAACAGUCCCAGUUCCUCAAGGGCUUUUGAAUAUGUCUACAUUUGUUCCAACCCCCUCGCAGUUAGCAGCCCGACAGGUGAUGACGAAAGAAUUACCCCCCUUUUCGGGCAACCCAACCGACUGGCCCGUAUUCAUAAGCAGCUUUAUGACAACUACGCUUGCUUGUGGAUAUUCGAGUGCCGAAAAUUUAACACGUUUACAACGCUGCUUGAAAGGUGCUGCAUACGAAGCUGUCCAGAGUCGUUUGGUUCUACCUGAGUGUGUUCCCCACGUGUUGGAGGACCUGCAUUUUCUCUUUGGUAGGCCUGAGCUUUUAAUCGACGCACUUCUUGAAAAGGUUCGUUCUGUCGCUGCACCGAAAUCCGAAAAAUUGGAAUCCCUUAUCGACUUUGGUAUGGUGGUACGAACUCUUUGCGACCACUUGGAAGCUGCCGGUCAACGUGAACAUUUAUCGAAUCCGUCCUUGUUGACGGAGCUUGUCGGGAAGCUUCCCGCUCACGUUAAAAUGGAAUGGGGUGCACAUCUGAAAAACUGCCGAGAAGUCAAUUUGAAAACUUUCGCCAGUUUCAUGUCCAGUGUGAUGACUUCUGUGGGUAGAGUGACAAUGACAAAAGUGAACAAGCCGCCGGAGAAAACGAAUCAAAGAACUAGAGGAUCGAUUAACACACACGCUGCUAAUCCAGUAGCCGCCGUUGUUCCGGAUAGGUUGUGCUAUUCGUGUAGAAAACCUGGUCACCGCAUUCAGGAUUGUGGAAUGUUCAAAACGCUGCCUAUGGAAGAACGUUGGAGGUACGUGAAUACGAACGGACUUUGCCGAAACUGCUUGAAUGCCCACGGGAAACGUAGCUGUCGCAGCAAGGGUUCGUGUGGCAUCCAGGGUUGCGAGUAUCGUCAUCAUCCUCUACUGCACGCAGCACGAAACAAUCAAGUCUUGAACGGCCAACACCAACAUUCAGCGGGAAACUUCACGCAUAGAGUACUCGAACAAAUCAUCCUGUUUCGUAUUGUGCCUGUGGUGUUACGCGGGAGUAAAGCUACCAUUAACACGUUCGCUUUUCUCGACGAAGGAUCGUCACUGACGCUUGUCGAAGAUAAACUAGCAAACGAGCUCGGCGCCAACGGGAUUACGAAGCCUUUGUGUCUGAUGUGGACCGGAAACGUGACGAGGAUGGAAUCAGCAUCAAAACAAAUUUCUCUGACGAUCUCGGCGGUGAACGGAAAUAAGGAGUACGAGGUAGAAGAUGCACGUACAGUGAAGGAGUUGUCUCUUCCAAAACAAACAGUAUCAUUUGAACGCUUGGUCAACCAGUAUCGUCAUCUCCAAGGACUUCCGAUUGCCAGCUAUGAAGAUGCAACACCCAGACUGUUGAUAGGAGUAAAUAAUUUGAAUCUGAUUGUUCCACUACGAACUAAAGAAGGCCUACGUUACGAACCCGUUGCUGUCAAAACCAGAUUGGGCUGGUGCGUCUACGGCGGAAAGACGGGUGAUGGAACAACACAUACAGUGAACUGUCAUUCAUGCGGUUGCACUGUAACUCAAGAGCUGCAUAACACAGUGAGAGAUUAUUUCGCGCUAGAAGAUGUCGCGGCUAAGGCGGUUACCGUGCUUGUGUCAGAGGAAGAGAAGCGUGCCCAUCGUAUCCUGGAACAAACGACAACUCGUAUUGGCAAACGCUUCGAAACGGGGCUGCUAUGGAAGUAUGACCAUAUUGAGUUCCCUGAUAGCUACAAUAUGGCUAUAAGCCGACUGGAAUGCCUGGAGAAGAAACUGUCACGAGAACCGAAGCUUAAGGAGAUCGUUCAGGAGCAGUUGACUGCAUACCAAACAAAAGGCUACGCCCAUCUCGCUUCAAAGGAGGAACUACUCAAUGCGGACCUGAAACGAGUCUGGUAUCUGCCACUAGGACUGGUGACGAAUCCUCGGAAGCCAGGCAAAGUGCGAAUAAUUUGGGAUGCAGCGGCGAAGGUCAGCGGAAUUUCUCUCAAUACGGCGCUUCUGAAAGGUCCCGAUCAACUGACUUCGUUACCAGCGGUCCUGUUACGUUUCCGCCAGUUCAAAGUUGGAGUUACCGCAGACAUCAAAGAGAUGUUCCAUCAAAUCUCUAUACGCAAAGAAGAUCGCCAUUCUCAGCGAUUCCUCUGGCGUUCGGAUCCUUCACACCGUCCAGAGAUCUUCUUGAUGGAUGUGGCGACGUUUGGAUCAACGUGUUCACCCGCAUCAGCGCAAUUUGUGAAAAACAAAAACGCUGAAGAGUUUCGGGAACAAUAUCCUCGCGCCGUGGAGGGCAUAAUUGAAAACCAUUAUGUGGACGACUGCUUGGAGAGUUUUGAGAGCGCUGAAGAAGCCUUGCGCGUCAGUCGAGAAAUGCGCAUGAUACACGAUGAAGGAGGCUUCGAACUGAGAAGCUGGCAUUCGAACAGUGCAGAAGUGCUAAAUGGCUUAGGCGAAACCAAAUCAGCUGAAACGAAGACCAUCGUUCAAGGCGGUGGAUUCGAGCGCGUACUAGGACUACUGUGGAGUACGGAAGCAGAUGAACUUCACUUCUCUACAACGAUGACGAACGAGAUCCAGAACUUGGUGGAAGGCAACCAACGUCCAACUAAAAGACAGAUGCUGAAAUGCCUAAUGGGUUUCUUUGACCCACUGGGACUUAUGAGUUUCUUCCAUAUCCAUGGUAAGAUGCUUCUGCAAGACGUCUGGCGAUCGGGAAUCGAGUGGGAUGAUGUGGUCAGCGAUAGUAUCUUUGAGCGUUGGCUGAAAUGGACAAGACUCUUCAGCGAAGUUAGCGUAGUGCGCAUACCCAGGUGUUACUUCCACGAAGCGACCCUAGAACACUAUGAUGGACUACAGCUGCACGUUUUUGUGGAUGCUAGCGAGGUAGCUUACUCCGCAGCUGCUUAUUUUCGAAUAGUGAAUCCUCACGGUGUAGGCGAAUGUGCGUUGGUCGCUGCGAAGGCGAAAGUAGCUCCAUUGAAGCCCCUCUCAGUGCCUAGGAUGGAAUUGCAAGCAGCUGUUUUGGGAUCGCGGUUGAUGAAAUUCGUGGAAGAAGCUCAUAGUCUCACCAUAGCGCGAAGGUACUUGUGGACCGAUUCGGCUACUGUGCUGUCGUGGCUUCGAGCGGAUCAUCGCAGGUAUAAGCAGUUCGUGGCCUGUCGUAUUGGAGAGUUACUUACCACAACGGAUGUCGGCGACUGA